GCUCUGUCAAACGAUGAGCCGCUUCGGGUUUUAUUUUAUUUUUCUCUUCUUGUUGAUUAAAUGUCCGAGUCUGAUUCUCUUCCUAUGUUUCGCCAUUUAUGUUUACAUCCACUACCGGACGCGAUAAAAAAAAAAGUGGAGGGAGAAAUAAAGACGGAAAGUGAUGAGGGCUGCAGAUAAACAACAAACAGCGUCACGGCUCUCUCGUCCUUGUCACUGCAUCUCUGCAGGCGUCAGACUGCAGUGACAGGACUGUGCUGUUCCCGUUCCGGAGGUCGAGUCGAGAAGCAUCACCAAAACACCGGAGCGGUUACGUUACCGAGCGGCGAUAAGACGCAGGAGAUGCUUGAUAAGAGCCUCAUAUAAGCUCAGAUAGGGAACCAGGCGGAGGGUUUGUGAAGGAAAUCUCCUCAUGAGCACCAGAGAAGGAGCCACACCAGCGGUUCACCUCUGACAAGACAUAGGAGUGACCCUGCCGUUUGCACUGAUGGGUCUGAGUCUGUCACGUUGGUUUUGCAGCAGGACAGCCGACAGGCCUCCGUUUUUGUCAUCAGCAUUCCUCCCACUGGCCGUCCCAACCUCCUCUCGCCUUGCAGUUACGCUGAACUCCCCUCCAGUUUCCCCAGGAGACAGUCGUUCACACUGGAGCACAGUCCACCGUUCUCUUCACUUCCUGCUGUCCCCCUGCAAACAGGAAGCGACCCGCUCACCCGCUGAGCUUAGCAGCGAUGGCGUGAGGGCGGAGAUAGGAGUGAAGAGUGGACUUCAUGUCUGGGAGGUGGUGUGGAGGCCCGAACACAGAGGGACUCAUGCCGUCGUGGGCAUUUCGAGGCAGGACUGUCCCCUGCAGUCUUCAGGGUACAAUGUGCUGGUGGGAGCAGAUUCACAGUCCUGGGGAUGGGAGCUCAAAACCAAUCAGCUCUGGCAUGGUGGGCAAACUCUGAAGCUUUACCCAGAAAAUGGGAGUAAGAGGUGUCACUCUGAGAUGGCAGCUGAUUCAAAGUCACAGUCCUCCUCUUCAUCAAGUGCAAAGAUGGCACAAACACCUCUCCUCAUUCCUGAGCGUGUCCUGCUGGUUCUGGAUGCCGAUGCCGGGACUCUGGGUUUUGUUGUCAAUGGCAGCUUCCUUGGCGUAGCUUUUAAGGACCUCCCUCGAGAUGUGGAGCUGUUCCCAACAGUGAGCAGUGUGAGAGGAGGAGCCUGCAUUCGACUGCGCUACAUGAAUGGUUCUACACGAGAUCCUCCAUCCCUCAUGGCUUUAUGUGGACUGUCGAUUCGUCAGAAUUUAGGACAGAAAAGGUUAAAACAUAUGGACAAAUUGCCUCUACCCCCUUUUCUCCAGCGCUGCCUGGCUUCCAGUCAUUAAUCUUCCAUGCAAACUGACAAGAUGGAUAUUAUUAUCAGUUACUACAGUUUACCAAGGAUCCAUUCCCUUUUCUAUGAAAUACUGACGUAAAUUCUGUAAAUCUUACAUUAUAUGCACUAGUAUAAUUAUUUUUUAUCUUAUUUAUUACAAAUGUGUAUGUUUAUAGAUGUUUUGUAAUAUUUUUAAAAGAAAUUUGGGGGAUUUAGAGGCAGUUCUGUGUGGUACAGGUCUGGUUUCUUCUUUUGUGUAUCUAAUAAAUGAGCUGUUUCAAGUGA